UCAUCAUCAGAUUCAUCUUCAUUGUCAAUAACAUCGUCGAUAUUAUCAAUGAAUAAACAACAACAAAAAGUAUUGCCACCGGUUACAUAUGACCAGAUACAAAGGAAUCGUUUCAUUUAUCAUGAUUCCAAUAUAUUUUGUGAAUCAUUUUUCAGCCAAAAUGAAUUGGAACGUUUUUUUCCUGAUCAUAAAAUACGUUUAUCGAUCAUUACAUGGAAUAUGGGCUCCAAACCACCGAAUGAUUAUAAUCAAUCAUUGCAGGAAUUAUUACAUCUGAAACCAUUUCAACCACUACAAUAUGGACAAUUAAAUUUACCGGAAAUGUUUGUGAUCGGUUUACAAGAAACACCAAAUUCUGAGAUGAUUGUCAACAGUUUAAAAGUCGGUAUACAAUCAUCGUUGGGACCAAAUUAUUGUCUAUUGCGUUGGUCUUCAGUGGGUGUAUUACAUUGUUCAAUAUGGAUUCGUCGUGAAUUAUUAUGGUCAUGUACCACAGUGGAUAUGGUACCAGUACAUAUGCGUCCAAUGGCCGCAAAUCGUAUCUACAAAGGUGCAAUCACAUUAUCAUUCACGUUGUUCGGAACAUCAUUUCUAUUUAUUAAUACACAUCUUACGGCACAUGAAAUUAAUCUUCGAUCACGUAUGAAUCAAUUGGAUAAAGUGCAACAAAUUUUAAAUCUAAAAUAUCCGAACAACAACAGCGCCAAUAAUAAUAUUCGUGAUCAUAAUUCAGAAUUUAUAUUCUGGUUUGGUGAUCUGAAUUUUCGUCUAGAAUUACCGGUAGAUAUUGUUCUGGAUGCUAUACGUCGCAUUACGAAUACAAACAAUCCAGAAACCAAAGAUACCUAUCUACGUAAAAUGAUGCGAUCAGAUCAGCUUAGUAAUCUAAUGAAUAGAGGUAUUAUAUUCAAUGGUUUCGAAGAAGCACGAUGGCCACCACCAUUUUUACCCACGUAUAAAUGUAAAAUUAAUCAUCCAAUCACCGGUGGUUUAGCUACCAAUGAUCCAAUUGAUCAUCAUAUCAAUACAACCAUAAUACAAUCAUCAUCAUUAAAUCCAUCAACCAAAACCACAACAUCAAUAACGUCAACAUCAACAUCAACGUCAUCAUCAUCAACCAAAACAAAUGAUAAUAUUAAUGGUGAUAAAAUUGUAAAUAAUUAUAAUUAUGAAUCUGGACGUGUACCAUCAUAUACGGAUCGUAUUUUAUAUCAAACAAAAUCAACAAAUCAUCAACAAAUAGAAUCGAAUGAUAACAAUUUAAUUAAAUGUAUCUAUUAUAAUUCAAUAUCAAAUAUAAUCAGUUCUGAUCAUAAACCAGUUUAUGGUCUGUUUGAAGUACGAUUAGAUUCUGGUUGUGGCCAACGAAAACGUUUGAGUCAAUUAGUGGAUGAAAUGUAUUUGAAACGAUUGGCUGAAAAACACAAUAAUAAUAAUAAUGCAAAAACAACCGAUCAGCAACAGCAAUCGGAACAAUCAUCAUCUGAUUUGCUAUCGGAUCAACAACAACAGUCAAUAACAAAAACAAAUCAUUUUCGCCGUCUAGUUGAUCGUCACGUGUUUAAAAAAUCUAAAUCUAAAUUGACUAAUAAUCAUCAUAUGGAUAAUCUAGAUAUAAUGGAUAGCGGCAUAGGUGGCGGCAUAAAUGAAUCAUCAGCAAAUUCAUCGUCAUCAUCAUCAUCAUCAAUAAUAAUGGCUAAUAAUCAACGACAAUGGUCAGAUCGUGUCGGUCAAUUAAAUGCCGGUGCUUAUGAACGCAAAAUCUACAUGGAAGGUAUGCGCUUACGUAAUAACCUGAUGCAAAGUACAAGUAUGCAAGAAAUACGCAAUAAUGGCACAAUGAUGACAUUAAUAGUGAAUCCAAAUAAUCAAAAUGAAAAUACGAACCGAAUACGAGUGAUGAAAAAUGUUAAAAAAUCUGAAAAUGGCAAUGGUGAUCAUGGUGGUGAUGGUAGUGGACAUCAUCUUUAUAAAUCACAUUCAUUAGAAUCAAAUCUAAUCAUUAUGAAUGGUGGCGAUGUCGAUGAUAACAAUGGUGAAAAUGAUUCAAAACAGCAGCGACAAAUAUCACCAUUAGUCAGACAUGAAUCAUCAGAAAUGAAUCAAACGAUCGAUUUGGUGACCAAUUCAAGAGAAUCAAUUUCACAUCAGCAAAAUGAUCGAAAUAGCAAAAUAUGUCAAAUCAUGUGAUUGAAAAAACAUGCAGACAGAGAUUAAAAAAGCAAAAACGAACAAACGAACGGGUGAAAAAAAAUU